GAAGUAUUUUGGUUACACAAGGCGGAAGUGAAUAAUUUUGUGAACCUGAAACCUUUUUUGGGGGGGAGAAAGAAAGAAAACGCCGCCACUACGUGAGAGUGCUGCGCCAGUUUGGCGUUUUUCGUUUCUGGUUAAGCUGUGUCACUCCACCUGUCCCAUCUGCUAUUUGCCACCUAAAGUGUGAUCCUGCUCACCUUCAGUGCCUCUGUGCUCCCAGUUUCACACUUCACCGACCUGUAGUUUGAGGCCAUCUGACCUAUCACAGUCUCUGUCAGACUAUGGCUGGGCGCAGUGGAGGAGCGAGCAGGCCUAACGGUGGCGCAGCAGCAAACAAAAUCUGCCAGUUUAAGCUGGUGCUGCUGGGGGAGUCGGCGGUGGGCAAGUCCAGCUUAGUGCUACGCUUUGUCAAAGGCCAGUUUCAUGAAUUCCAGGAGAGUACAAUCGGAGCUGCCUUCCUCACUCAGACGGUUUGUCUGGACGACACCACUGUGAAGUUUGAGAUCUGGGACACAGCAGGUCAGGAGCGCUACCACAGCCUGGCCCCGAUGUACUACAGAGGUGCUCAGGCGGCCAUCGUGGUCUACGACAUUACCAACACAGACACAUUUACUCGUGCAAAAAACUGGGUGAAGGAGCUCCAAAGACAAGCCAGUCCCAACAUCGUGAUCGCUUUGGCUGGAAACAAGGCUGACAUUGCAAACAAGAGAGCUGUAGAUCUUCAGGAGGCGCAAGCGUAUGCUGAUGAGAACAGUCUGCUCUUCAUGGAGACCUCAGCCAAGACCGCCAUGAACGUCAAUGAAAUCUUCAUGGCUAUUGCAAAAAAGCUACCGAAGAACGAGCCUCAGGGCGGCGCCGGCCAGGGGGGCCGGACGAGGACAGGAGUGGAUCUACAAGAGGCGAGCCCUCAGGGUCGCAGCAGCCAGUGCUGCAGCGGCGGCAACUAGCAAGUACAACACCACGAACUUAGGGAACGAGCCGAGAACAUCAUUGUAAGGACAGCACGUAGCUUAAAAACAACAACAACAACAACAAAAACAACCCCAGAGAGGCAGGAGAGGGCAGAGCCACUCACCACUCCUGCACUUAAACUGAGAUUAGAGAUGAGAUUAUCUGGAUCCUCUUUGAUUACAGGAACUUUUUUAAAAGAAUCAUAAGCUAGAGGGAAUUUCCACAGUCCCUCACUACUUCUGUCUUUCCCUGUGCGUGUGCGUAUUUCCGUGUACCUUCCUGUUUAUCUUCAGCCUCUGUCUCUCCAUCGAUCGAGAACUUUCAAAUGAACUAUUUUGAAGCGUGAAGCUGAGGUUGUUUGCCAUCUUCCCUGUGUGUUUGAGCGUGCGUGUGUGUGUGUGUGUGUAUGUAUGUGUGUGUGUGUAUAUGUCCUGUUUGUGUAUGUAUGUGUGUACAGUAUUCACAGCACACUGUAUGUUUAUAUAUGCACACAAACACGUUUUGUACUCCUGUCAUCUCCCAUUACAUCGAUCUUUAUGGAAGAAACAAAAACGACUAAUAUUGAUGCUGAAAUUGCAAAUAAAGAGCGGCUGAGCUUUAUGUCUCAUUGAAAUUGAGUCCUCAGCCUUUUGACCUCGUUGGCAUGAACAUGUUAUAAGUUUUCUGGAUCAGAACAUUUGAUUAUAGCAUUUACACAGAGUUAAAAUAAAAUGUUGUAAUCCUGUUAGUUUGGUGCCUCCCUUGAAAUUACUGACAUAUGUCAGUUUUUCAGAGAAAAGACUCACUCACAGCUCAGUUGAAGCUUUAUGAAGAAAAAGAUCCUGCUUUUUAUUUUGGCCAGACUGCAUUCCUGUGAAUGAGAUCCAAUCACAGCUAAAGGAUGAAUUGUUCUAAAUGUGGCCUUGUAAACCCAAAAACCCAAAAUGUGUCUUUCCAAUGAUCUCGAUCCAGAUCACAUGUUCAUGUCAGGUGUGAAGGGGAUAUUUGUUAUUCUUAUUAUCGACCUAAUGAGACAAAACGGGAAGGAGAGCUCGCCACAUGUAGGCUGAACAUCUGAAAGAGGCCCCGAUCCAUGCGACAAGUGCAGUUCUUCUCAAUCAUCUGUAUUGAUAAUUGUAACCGCAGAGUUGUUAGCCUUUUUUAAAAGAAGUGUGAAAUAACUUGUAAAUCUGAAAAAAGUAAUAAAUACCAUGCGAGACCCAGCUGCC